AAAAACAUACCAUGACUGAGAUUCUGUUGCUCCCUUCCUCUUUGCAUGAGAGAGAGUGAAAGAGAGGCAACAGCAUACUUGCAGCACAGCGGUUGGCAGCCUGUAGUCAGUACUUCCUCAUCUUAACUGCUGAAUAGAGACAGGCGGCUGUUGCUCCUGAUCAUUUUUGUCCUCUGUGGAUCUCCCCAUGGAGCUCAGCAAAGGUUGAAUAUUUUUAGUAAUUUGUGCUUCAGGGAACUGAAGAGGGCCGGCUCUAGGACAGCGUCCUAACACGUGUAGUUAGCUGACAAACAGCCAUGCUGAAAACGGGCGCCACCAAGAUGGGGCUGCCCAAGCCGGGACUCCAGGAGCGAGCCAAACAAGCCUCCUUGGUCCCCUCCUCUUCCUCCAGCACCUCCACAGCCAUGAAAACCUCCAGAUCCUCCAACAUGCUUGCCUCAGACCAGCGUCUCAGCAGGCUUAAAAGAGCAAGCAGCGAUGAUGCCUUGACAAAGCCUGCACUGGGAGCUGCCGCAUCAGGCUCGAGGAUGAAGAAGACCGUAACCACAGGAGCCAUCUCAGAUCUGGCUGAGGCCCGUCCUCGCAGCCUGUCUGGUGUUCAAGCAGCCAAGAAGUCUGGUAUUCCAGCCCCUAGAGAAAUCCCUUCCUCCAUAACAAGAGACCGCAUCUCUCUGAAGGACCAGCUGCGGAGCUCCUCCACGAAGAGAAUGGUUUCCAGCACCAGUACUUCCAGCCUCUCUAACCUGUCAAAGACGCGUUCUUUAACUAAGUCCCGUGGAGAUGCGGAGGGCCAGGAAAAGGGCCUUCUAGAGUGCCAGGUGAAGGAGCUGCUGGCUGAGGCUAAGGCUAAAGACUUGGAAAUCAGCAAUCUCAGGAUGGAGUUACAGCGCUGCAAAGAUAAAGCCUCCUCUGCUUCCUCUUCGCCCUCGUCUCACUCUGUCCCACGCCAAGAAACUGCUGUUGAUCGAGAGCAGGAACAAGUGAUGGAGGCACUUGUUCUGGUUGGGGAGCUGAGGGAGAAAAACGGGAAGUUUCAGAGAGAGUUGGCAGCACUCAGAGAGGAGAACCAGGUGCUGAAGGAAAAGCUACUUUGCUUGGAGGCUUCUCCACUCUCUAGUACAAGCCCAAGCUCUCCCUCUAAACCAUUGGUGAAUGGCCUGCCCUCAGACUCCAACUCCUCAGCUUCACAACAAGACAGCCCCCCUCCUACUGCCAGCCCACUCAAAACCUCUGUUUCCUCCAGCUCUGAUAUCACCAAGGACUCACCAUCACCUGACUCCUCCGAGUUUGAGAAGAUCCCAUCAUGUUCAGAAUCAGUGAGCAGUGGCGUAAGCGGUGAAAUGGUUGCAGCAGGGACCAUAACCAAUGCACAGGGACGGGAAGUGCAGAGCCUAACUGAACAGAUUCAUAAGAUGGAGGAAAGCCACCACAGUACAGCAGAGGAGCUGCAGGCAACAUUGCAGGAGCUGGCCGACCAGCAGCAGGUGGUACAGGAGCUGACGGCUGAAAACGAGCGUCUGGCUGAGGAAAAGCGUCUCUUGCAGACCUCACUCCAACAGCAAAGGGAACGCGUGGAGGUGCUUGCCCAGAAGAAUGAGGCGCUGGCUGUGCGACUCCAGGAGCAAGCCCAAUCUCAGGCCAAGAGGGAGGAGGAGCUGGGCGGCCAAGGGCCCAGGCUGGCUGAGCUGGAGCAGAGGUAUGCUGAACUGGUGGAGAGCUCACACUUCGAACGGGAGAAACUGGUGGACAUCCAGCAGCAACUGACCGGCAGUCUACGAGUUCUGGAGGAGGAGCACCAGGAGGCUCAGGGCCAGGUGCGCUGCCUCAGAGAGGAGGUGGACAGAUUGCAAGCCCAGCUGGACAGGGAGCUGGAAGUUGUAGGUCAGGCAGCACAGGUUGCAGAGGAGCAGAAGGUAACAGCAGAAUGUCUCCGACUGGAAAACAGCAGACUGAAGGCACAGGUGGACAUUGAGAGACAAAAGAUAGGUGAGCUGAAGGCCAUGCAAAGUGCCAGUGACAGCACGGAGCUGCAGAGCCUGCUGAAGACAGCCCACACUGAGAGAGACAGGCUGGAAAUGGAGCUGACAGAGCUGAGACAGGAGCUGCUAAAGGCCCAGGCUGAUACUGAACAUGUGCAAGCCUCAAUGUCCAAGGUGGAGGCCAAAUGCCAGCAAAUUCAGGAGUGGGCUGAGAGGAGAGAGCAGGAGUUCAGCAGCCAGCUGACUUCCCUGGAAGAUGCUGCGAUCCAGGCUGAGAAGCACGUGAAGGAGCUGAAGGAGACCAUCUUUGAACUGGAGGACCAGGUGGAGCAGCAGAGGGCCAUUAACUGUCACACCAACCAAGCUGUCCUGGACAUGGAGAAUCUCGCUAAAAAGCUGGAGGAGCAGAAAACUGAAGCAGAGAGACAGCUGAAAGUCUUGAAUAGACAGAUGAAGGACGAGAAAGAGGAGUGGCGCCGCUUCCAGGCAGACCUCCAGACAGCAGUAGUGGUGGCCAAUGACAUCAAGGUGGAGGCUCAGCAGGAGCUGCGCACCCUCCGCAGGCAGCUGCAGGAGGAGCAGGAUCGCAGCUCAAAGCUUUCUGCCGACCUAGAGGCCCUGCAGGGAGUCAGGUCCCAAGGUGACGAGGUGAGGGCGUCCGACUCUGAUACCAACCGUCACUGGUGUGGUAUCUCCAUGAUCCCGACCAAACCCACCGAUGCCAUUGGAGAUGCCGACUCAGAGCCCGGCGCUACUGUCAAAUCCCUCAUUAAGUCCUUUGAUACAGUUGGACAGAAUGGACCAGGUCACACAGUUCAAAUGCAUUCCUCACCAAGAAGCCCGCUGAGUGGAAUUCCAGUCCGCACCGCCCCUGCUGCUGCCGUCUCUCCUAUCCAGAGACACUCGUACAUACGGCCACUGUCAAAGACUUUGGAAAAAAGAAUCAAUCAGGGGGAAUUCUCUCGUCCUCACGAUAAGAGCUGUGGUGAAGACAUAAAACCUAACAGCCUUAUGAGGAAGAGUCCUUCCCUGGAAUCUGUUAUUAAAACUCCCAUCUCCCUCGGCAGCCGCACAGCGUCCUUCAGCUUCAACCGUGGCAACAGCAAGCUCAGUGUGGAAAGAAAGGACCCCUUGGCUGCUCUGGCGCGGGAGUAUGGAGGAUCUAAGCGAAAUGCUCUACUGAAGUGGUGCCAGAAGAAAACAGAAGGCUAUCCGAAUAUCGAUGUGACCAACUUCAGCAGCAGCUGGAGCGACGGCUUGGCUUUCUGUGCCCUCCUGCACACGUAUCUUCCUGCCCACAUCCCAUACCAGGAACUCAUCAGUCAAGACAAGGUCCGGAAUCUGACCCUGGCUUUCCAGGCCGCCGAGAGCAUUGGCAUCAAACCCUCCCUGGACAUCGAGGAGCUGAUGAAGACCGACAGGCCGGACUGGCAGAGUGUCAUGCAGUACGUCUCUCAGAUCUACAAGUACUUUGAAACAUGAGCCGUGAGGAGGAGGAGGAGGAGGAGGAGGAAGACAUGUGCCCACCGACGACUGGAGGCACUGCAGCACUUUUCCACUCAGUCUGUCAAACCCGCGUUCACCUUUCCAGACAAAGCAAGACAAGCAAAACGCUGCCACUUCCUCAUGUCGGACACCAGAGACGGGACUGUCUUACUGUCAUGAAGUUGCCGUGUUGUGUGUUAAUGCGUCAGCAGAUUGUUCACCUUUACGAGUUUCAAGCAUCUGAUUUAAAAACAAAGGGAAGAGUGAUGCCAAAUACUAUCCAAUCCUUUUUUAGCUGUGUGCAGCACAACUGAGAAAUGAUCAAUACUGGUACAGUCUCAUUCAAAUUCAUCCCUUUAGGCUUUUUUAAGGUUAUUAAAAAAGUGCAUGAAAAUGAAAAGAUGUUUUUUUGCUGCCAAGACUUAUUAUUAUUAUUAUUAUUAUUAUUAUUAUUAUAAUAGCUGUUUAUGAAUCAGAUGCUCUGUGAAUUAGGACUGACCUUUGUGCCAAAUCUUCUGCCAAAACACAACCUUUACAAGAAAGACUGUCUAUGCAUGGUUUAAGUGUGGUGUUCCGUCUCGGUGUGUCUUCCCUUUUCCUUUAACACCACACAGUGGUAAGGAAACGGGUGUGAAUCUAACUUUUAGUUUGUGUUUGAUGAAAAUCACCACACUUCUCAUGAGGUUUUCGUUUCCGGGGGAGGAGAGAGUAUUUGGCUUCGAGUUGAUCUAAAGAUUUGCUUUUCCUUUUCUUGUUGUCUCUCGGUUUGGCCAGCUGACAUCUGUGAUACAACGCUAAAUCGAUCUAAUACCAGUAAAGCUGCUGAAUAGUUUUGUAGAAACAAUUUUAAAGAAACACUCCGUUUUGUUUGUGUUGCAAUGUGUUACAACAUUAAGGAUGGACUAAAUCUGUUUUUUUUCUUCUUCUUCUUCUUCUUCACAUUUUCCAUGAAAAGUCACUAUAGUGGUACUGCAGCUGCUCAUAUUUUUGCAUGACAGGUUAAAUUAUAAAAGGAGAUGUUAACUUUUACAUAUAUAUAUAUAUAUGCGUCUGUCAGUGUGCUGCGGUUCAGGCGAGCCUCCAUUCACAGAUGCUUUGAAAGAUGAAAGUGUUAUUUAUUUAUUUACCAGACGAGUGAAACAUGUCAACAGAGCUGCACAGUUUUUAUAUUCACAGAUGUCAGAUUGGGAGGCUCGUUCUGGAUGAAUACGACUCAAUAAAAGGAUUGUCUUAAGUUUUA